AUGUUUCUCAACGAUAAUCUUGUUGAGACUGUAUACAUGCUUCAACUGCCAGGAUAUGAGGAUAAGACUGAUGUGCUUGUUACAACGGUCAUUGUAUGGUCUCAAGCAGGCUCCUCGUGUCUGCUCUAUUUGCUUGUGUAUGUCGAUGACAUCUUGGUCAUGGGAUCUGACUCGGCUUGCGUUUCUAGUUUAGUUACUAAAAUGGGCAUUGAGUUUAAGAUUAGUCACACGAGGCCUCCGUCUUUCUUAAAAUGUGUAUAUAUGGUUGAUUGUAAAACACUAGUUACGCUUGUCUCUCUGGCACGUGUGGACGAGAGCACUACGGUAUCGUAUGCGGAUCCGACGCAAUAUCGUAGCCUUGCUAGGGUUCUUCAGUAUCUGACAAUUACGAGACCUGAUCUGUCAUUUGCGGUGAACAGAUUGUGCCAGCACAUGCAUGCUCCAACCACAGCGCACUGGCUCAUGUUCAAGCAUGUUCUUCGAUAUGUCAAGGGGACUCUAAAUCUUGGUCUGCGUAUUUAUUGGGCUGGUGAUCAGCAAUGCAUUGUGGCCCGCUCUUCGACUGAAACUGAGUACAAGGCCCUGGCUGAUGUGUUUGUUGAGCAAUGCAUUGUGGCCCGCUCUUCGACUGAAACUGAGUACAAGGCCCUGGCUGAUGUGUUUGUUGAGCAAUGCAUUGUGGCCCGCUCUUCGACUGAAACUGAGUACAAGGCCCUGGCUGAUGUGUUUGUUGAGCAAUGCAUUGUGGCCCGCUCUUCGACUGAAACUGAGUACAAGGCCCUGGUUGAUGUGUUUGUUGAGCACGUUGAAAUCGAUUAUCACUUUGUUCGUGACAAGGUUGUCAAGAAAGAGUUACAGGUGCAUUUCAUUUCCAUGAAGGAGCAAUUGACUGAUAUUUUUGCCAAGGCUUUAUCUGGUUCGCGGUUUGUGCUACUUCAGGACAAGCUCAAUGUUGAUGGCUUGCUGCUUCUCAACUUUGUGCUUGAGGGGGAGUGUUAA